GGUUUCUCCCGGCUUCUGUCAGUGCGGUGACUGCGCUGGGAAACAUGGCGACCGAGGGAAUGAUCCUCACUAACCACGACCAUCAAAUCCGUGUCGGAGUCCUCACAGGAAUCUUGUUGACCGAUGAUUCUGAUUUAGAAGUUAUGAAGGUGGGACCUGAGAUUCUGCAUUUCUAACAAACUCCCAGAUGCUGCUGUUACUAGUCUAUAGACCACACUUAAAAGUGGCAUGGGACUUAAAAUAGGUGAGUGAUAGUUGCUUCAGGAAUCUUGCGGAAGAUCGCAGUGGGAUAAAUCUCAAAGAUCUCGUACAAGAUCCUUCUUUGUUGGGUGGGACUAUAUCAGCAUACAAGAUAGUACCAGACGAAAUAGAAGAAAUCAAGGAAACCCUCAUAGAUUGGUGUGAUGAAAAGGAACUGAAUUUGAUAUUAACAACUGGAGGAACAGGAUUUGCACCACGAGAUGUCACUCCAGAGGCCACAAAAGAAGUAAUAGAACGGGAAGCACCAGGGAUGGCCCUGGCAAUGCUGAUGGGAUCACUUAAUGUUACACCUCUGGGCAUGCUCUCUAGGCCUGUAUGUGGAAUCAGAGGGAAAACGCUCAUAAUUAACCUGCCAGGUAGCAAGAAAGGAUCUCAGGAAUGCUUUCAGUUCAUACUGCCAGCUCUACCUCAUGCCAUUGACCUUCUACGUGAUGCCAUUGUAAAAGUAAAGGAGGUGCAUGAUGAACUUGAAGAUUUGCCUUCCCCGCCACCUCCUCUUUCCCCUCCUCCUACAACCAGUCCCCAUAAACAGACAGAAGAUAAAGGGGUUCAAUGUGAGGAAGAGGAAGAAGAGAAGAAAGACAGUGGUGUUGCUUCAACAGAAGAUAGUUCCUCAUCACAUAUAACUGCAGCAGCCAUUGCUGCCAAGAAGCAUCCAUUCUACACCAGUCCCGCUGUUGUCAUGGCACAUGGUGAGCAGCCCAUCCCUGGUCUCAUCAAUUAUUCCCAUCAUUCAGCAGAUGAACGGAUUCCAGACUCCAUCAUUUCUCGUGGUGUUCAGGUGCUCCCACGAGACACAGCCUCCCUCAGCACUACUCCUUCAGAAUCGCCUCGUGCUCAGGCUACAUCUCGCCUCUCUACAGCUUCCUGCCCAACACCAAAACAAAUUAGACGGCCGGAUGAAAGCAAAGGAGUUGCUAGUAGAGUUGGAUCCCUCAAAGCUCGGCUUCCCUCGUGCUCAUCUACCUAUAGUGUAUCUGAGCUCCACUCUAGAUUGGAAGGGCUUAAAGAUGAACUCUGGAGGAAUAGAGGCUACGACUUAAGAGUCCAGUCCAGGUGCAGCAGCAAGGAGAAUAUUCUUAGAGCCAGUCACAGUGCUGUCGAUAUCACCAAGGUGGCUAGAAGACAUCGCAUGUCUCCUUUUCCUCUGACAUCUAUGGACAAAGCCUUUAUCACAGUCCUGGAGAUGACUCCGGUGCUUGGAACAGAAAUCAUCAAUUACCGAGAUGGAAUGGGGCGAGUCCUUGCUCAAGAUGUAUAUGCAAAAGACAAUUUACCCCCCUUCCCAGCAUCAGUAAAAGAUGGCUAUGCUGUCCGAGCUGCUGAUGGCCCAGGAGAUCGUUUCAUCAUUGGGGAAUCCCAAGCUGGUGAACAGCCAACUCAGACAGUAAUGCCAGGACAAGUCAUGCGGGUUACUACAGGUGCUCCAAUACCCUGCGGUGCUGAUGCAGUAGUACAAGUGGAAGAUACUGAACUUAUCAGGGAAUCAGACGACGGCACUGAAGAACUUGAAGUGCGAAUUCUGGUGCAAGCUCGGCCAGGCCAAGAUAUCAGACCCAUCGGCCAUGACAUUAAAAGAGGGGAAUGUGUUUUGGCCAAAGGAACCCACAUGGGCCCCUCAGAGAUUGGUCUUCUAGCAACUGUAGGUGUCACAGAGGUUGAAGUUAACAAGUUUCCAGUGGUUGCAGUCAUGUCAACAGGGAAUGAGCUGCUAAAUCCUGAAGAUGACCUCUUACCAGGGAAGAUUCGAGACAGCAAUCGUUCAACUCUUCUAGCAACAAUUCAGGAACAUGGUUACCCCACAAUCAACUUAGGUAUUGUAGGAGACAACCCAGAUGACUUACUCAAUGCCUUGAAUGAGGGUAUCAGUCGUGCUGAUGUCAUCAUCACAUCAGGGGGUGUAUCCAUGGGGGAAAAGGACUAUCUCAAGCAGGUGCUGGACAUUGAUCUUCAUGCUCAGAUCCAUUUUGGCAGGGUUUUUAUGAAACCAGGCUUGCCAACAACCUUUGCAACUUUGGAUAUUGAUGGUGUAAGAAAAAUAAUCUUUGCACUACCUGGGAAUCCUGUAUCAGCUGUGGUCACCUGCAAUCUCUUUGUUGUGCCUGCACUGAGAAAGAUGCAGGGCAUCUUGGAUCCUCGGCCAACCAUCAUCAAAGCAAGGUUAUCAUGUGAUGUAAAACUGGAUCCUCGUCCAGAAUACCAUCGGUGUAUACUAACUUGGCAUCACCAAGAACCACUGCCUUGGGCACAGAGUACAGGUAAUCAAAUGAGCAGCCGUUUGAUGAGCAUGCGCAGUGCCAAUGGAUUGUUGAUGCUACCUCCAAAGACAGAACAGUACGUGGAGCUCCACAAAGGCGAGGUGGUGGAUGUCAUGGUCAUUGGACGGCUAUGAUGGUCACCAGCAGGAGAAAGCUUUGAUGCAUGUCCACAUAUCACUGACUGUAUCCUGUAAUAUGCAACGGCACAGCUAGUUUUCCUGAUUUGGAUAAAAGUUGAUCUGUAUAGUCAACAUCUGGAACUAUAUUUCAAAUGAAUUUAAAUAUCUUUUAAAGAAAAAAACACCUAAAAAUAAAUCUUAACAGACAAUUCUAUUCUGAUUAUAUCAAGGCAAAUUUUUCCUUUCUUGCAAAUUGCUUUGUGUGUUCAAUGCUAGGUCUGAUAGCGAUAGCUUUUAGUAGACAGCAGUAGGUGCCUGCAGAACUUGUGUUUUUCUCAUCUUUAAAAUACAACUACUUAUGCUCUUAAAUCAAGGCUGUCUGCUUAUUUAUACUAGCGUAGGCAACACUUGGAUUUCCCUUCUUAGUAUGCUUCAUAACUGCUUUACAGAAAGCUUUUGCUUGUUCUUUCUCAUGUAUCUCGUGUUUAUGUGCACAGUGCCAAAAGAAGACUGACUGGGUGGAGGCUCUGCCUUGCCUCAAGAACCAUCCCCUGCAGAGCAUCUAGGGAGGUUUCUCACCCCCAUAGCCUCAUGGCACAGUACUCUUGGGCAGUAACUGGAUACCUUUUAUUUGAACAAACAAACUGAAGAAAAAUGCUUCCUUAAGUGCUGACAGCCUUUUUAACCAAUACAUUUAAAAUUGUACAGAACAAAAAAAUAAAAUCAAAGACUGAUCUUGUACAGAUAUUAGUGUUACCAGCAUUCAUGUGGAAAUCAAGAGCAAAGACAAUAUAAUGUUAAACAACUCUGUACCAUAACAUUUUCUGUAAUGAUACUGAAACUUAAUGAAUAAAAAAAUUCCUUGAUCAUUAUUUAAAAA